AUGUUCGGCCUCACCUGGUUCUCUUCAAAGAAGAAGGCUCCCUCCACUUGGGAUGCUACCACAGCCACCGUUCAAAACCAGCAGCCCACUAGCCCUGAUGCACCCUCCACUGAGCGUGUCAUAACCGAGCAGCCUAACUCUCAGGAGAACAUGAUGAAGCUGCGUGGUGGUGGUGCCGGCGACGUCUGCUGUGGCGUCUGCGCCGGUCUCCUCUGCUUCGAGUGCUGUGAAGAUUGCUGCUAA